CCCGAUCCCCAAAACAAGCAGCGCCCCCACCCCCACAGAGCAGUUUCCAAUCCCAUCCUCCUCCUCCUCUCUCUCUCUCUCUCUCUCUCUUGAGCAGCCAGCGAUCGAAGCAGCAGCCAUGGACGGCGCCAAGAAGGGCCGGAACCCGCACAAGGCCUCCGCGGACUACCGCAGCGACCGCAAGUCGGCCUCCGGCAUGAGCGGCGACCCCAAGAAGGGCGGCCGCGGCGGCAAGUUCACCUGGGAGGGCGCCGACGGCUACGCCGACGAGGACCUCGACCUCAUCUCCAACUCCAAGAACAACGGCGCCCGCGCCGCCAAGGGAGGCGCCAACGCCGUCAAGAAGGAGGAGGACGACGACGACGAGUAGGACCCCGGCCCCGGCCUCCGCCCGCCCGGUCCGAUCGGUCGCCAGCAAGCAAGUGUGAUUCCAGUCUCUAUUCGGUUCUCGUGUUGAAUAAUCAUGUGGGUUUAGGUGUCGUAUUCGCGAGUUUGUAAGCUGCUACUAGCAGAGAGCCGGUGGGCGAUCGACGGGCCGAGCAGGGUCUGUAGAUAUCAUCUCACAUCAUCUGUCCUUGACUUGUUUCUGAAUUCUCAGUUCUUGGAUGGGCUAAUUUCAUUUGCAAAAUCGUUAGCCGAAUUGCGUCUGUGGCGCUUGUUUGCUCGGAA